ACCAGGGAAAUGGUUUGUCCGUCUGAUAUUGUUGGCUAUAACCUCCCUAUUCACGUGGUUAGACCGAUCCUACCUUGGGUUCCAGUCUCUUCUCUUACAUUAGCAAGGUAUUUUCGACUAUAAGGAUUUCUCUGUGAGAUGGGAGGGAUGAUGCUAAGGUGAGCGCAGCUUGCGACUAGUUUGUCGGAGCUCCUCCUCAAUCGUCGGAUAGGAUAGUAACAUCACAUUUGCUCAAUGAGAGCAAGAGGACACGAGAGAGGAUACUGAAUUUCGACCUGGUGCGCUAACGUGCCGUUCUAUUUACCUCUAUAUAAGAGGCUAAUAUGAAGACAUCGUUUGGCAAGCCAGACCCUGGACUUCUGGAAUCCUCUCAUGUUGUUUGAAGCCUAAGGCAGGACCAUGCAUUGUGUCUGUUGAAAAACAGUCCACCCUCUUUCUACCCAACCAUUGAGAGUGAAGACACACGCACACACACACACCACAGUGAUGAGUUUGGACCAGACCUGCUUGGAUAUGGUGGUGCAAAGGCCCUUUCUGGGUGCAACAUGUAAUAGGCACCGCCACCAGAACCUGUGCAGAAAGAUGAGGCCCAUACGAAUCCUGGGUUUUGUAUUCAGCCUGGUAGCCAUAAGCGCUAUCUCCUUUUCCUUCAGUGCCUUGACCUUGAGCUCAGGGACCUACUCAGAGCCGCUCAUGCCUCAGGAGGCCAUCCUUCAGUCUGGCCCGACUCCACACAGGACUCUACUUUCCACCCAGCACCAAAGGGACCCCAAUGUCUCAGCCGACAUUCCCGUGGCCAUGAGGUCUUCGGCAGACGGCAACGAGAGCCAGGGGGACUACCCCACGGACCUGUUCACCCUGGAGGAGAGGCGCCAGGGCGCUGUGGUGCUCCACAUGUUUGGGAUGCUGUACAUGUUCAUCUCUUUAGCCAUUGUGUGUGAUGAGUUUUUCGUGCCCGCUCUGACAGUCAUCACAGAGAAGCUGGCCAUCUCUGAUGAUGUGGCGGGGGCCACCUUCAUGGCGGCAGGUGGGUCGGCGCCGGAGCUCUUCACUUCAGUCAUCGGUAUAUUCAUCUCCCACAGCAAUGUGGGCAUCGGGACUAUUGUGGGCUCAGCUGUGUUCAACAUUCUCUUUGUCAUUGGAAUGUGCGCCAUCUUCUCCAGGGAGAUCCUCAAUCUGACCUGGUGGCCCCUCUUCCGUGACGUUUCCUUCUACAUCAUGGACCUGAUCAUGCUCAUCUGUUUCUUCCUGGAUAACUACAUCUCCUACUGGGAAAGUAUUGUGCUACUCUCAGCCUAUGCCACCUAUGUGAUCUUUAUGAAGUUCAACAGCAACGUGGAGGGCUUCGUGAAAGGCUGCAUGAACAAGAAUCAAGUGGUGGAGGUGGAAGUGCAGCCCAAGGCUGUGAGUCCCGGGGCACCAGAGGAUGAGAGCAAGCUGUCGGCUAGGCCCCGGCUUCAGAGAGGUGGCAGCUCAGCCUCCCUGCACAACAGCCUGAUGAGAAACAGUAUCUUCCAGCUCAUGAUCCACACACUGGACCCUCUCAGUGAAGAAUUAGCUGAUUCUGGAAAAUUCAGAGAAAAGGCAUCCAUCCUUCAAAAGAUUGCCAAAAAGAAAUGCCAAGUAGAGGACAGUGAGAAGGCCAAUGGAGUAACCAGCCGGUCAGAUAAGAAUCUUCCAAACAGCUCAAAUGUCGAGGUGGAAGUCACACCACCAAUGAAUGGCACUGCAGGACAAGAAGGGGAAGCUGCGGCUGAGGAUGAGGAGGAUGAGGACCAGCCUCUGAGCCUGUCCUGGCCAGAUACCAUGCGCAAGCGUUUCACCUACCUCUUAAUCAUGCCCAUCAUCUUCCCUCUGUGGCUGACACUGCCUGAUGUCAGGAAACCAACUGCAAAGAAGUUCUUUCCCAUCUCAUUUCUGGGUUCUAUCUGUUGGAUUGCUGGAUUCUCCUACUUAAUGGUGUGGUGGGCUCACCAGGUUGGAGAGACCAUUGGGAUUACAGAAGAGAUUAUGGGCUUGACUAUAUUAGCAGCUGGUACCUCCAUCCCUGACCUAAUCACCAGCGUCAUUGUUGCACGGAAGGGGCUGGGGGACAUGGCUGUGUCUAGCUCUGUGGGCUCCAACAUCUUUGACAUCACUGUUGGCCUGCCGUUCCCAUGGCUCCUCUGGUCCAUCAUCAACAACAUGCAGCCUGUGGCGGUGAGCUCUAACGGGCUGUUCUGUGCCAUUGUGCUGCUCUUCCUCAUGCUCAUCUUCGUCAUCAUCUCGAUUGCUGCCUGCAAGUGGCGGAUGAGCAAGCUGCUGGGCUUCAUCAUGUUCGUGCUCUACUUAGUUUUCCUGGUGGUCAGCGUUAUGCUGGAAGACAAGAUCAUCGCCUGCCCUAUAUCCAUCUGAGACCUCCUCUCCCUCCACUCCUGCCACAAAAUGUUCACUCCUUCUACAAAAUACAAGAAGCAUGGGGAUGGGAUGGAGGAAAUGCACUCAAAAAAACUUUCGGAAUGAGGGCGCAUGAUAUGGCUCGGCUGAUUCACUGGACGGCUAGACCUUAGCGGAAGUAGAUAAUAAUCAUAAUAAUCAUAAUGAUAAUAAUAAUAGUAAUAAUACAAAAUAUGAUUAUACUUUUUUGGGGGGGGUUGUAGAUGGCUGGGGGAUGUAGUUUUUUGGGGAUGUGGAGUGUAUUAGCCAGGUAGAGGAGCAACUAUGCCAUCUUAUGCAUGUCACUUGUUUUACUAGAUAAGUGGACUACUCAGUAGAUUGAGGAGGCUGACCUCCUGUGGACUUUGAGGUCAGGAAGUACACAAGAGACUUCUGGCAAAGCUGCGGUGGCUGAGCCUGGCACAAAACACCAGAGGUGCAACAAUAUUGUUCUCUGCUUCAGGACUGAUUGUGAGAAACCUUUUCGAAUAAGACUUUGGAUGACACUCUUUAACUGGCUUCACUCGACUUGUCACUCCAGUGUUUGUUGUAUAGUGAGUUUGAUGAUGAUGAAGAAGGGAUGUUGUUGAUGCUCCACACAAUGCAUGGAUUCACAUAAGACAAAAAUAUGUUUUUGAGCCAUGAAUAUCUCCUCUCUUGUGUACUUGGUGACCGAGCAUCAAAAUACGAAGCAGUCCAAGCAGUUUUGUAUGCAGAGCUGGUUUUUGCUAAUUUAUCUUUUGCUCUGUCCAAAAGACUGAAGUUCAAACAUUCCCUCUCCCCUUCCGGAUGUCAUUGCUCACCAUGUCUCUUCAGAAGAUUAAUGUAUUAUUUUUGGAUUGACACACUAGCUCUAUUUACUAAAAUAGUAGUAGCCCAGUUGUGCUGUAGCAGUAACAUGUACUCUAGGUGUUGGAUCUUGCCUCUUCCUGGGUCUUGAUAGGCCUACUUAUGAUCUUAUCCACUUCUCCACCCACCAUUGGACAUAAGAGUUCAUAUUGUACAGAGCUUGCCAUGCUUCACACACCAAUUGGUAAGGUAAACUCUACUAGAAAUGUUUAACUUGGAACCCAAUUCAAUCAAUUGCAAACAAAUGAAAAAACGCACCAUGAUUGACUCAAUGUUUAAGCUGCAAUGUAACGAUAGAUGUGGUUACACAUCAAUAUCCAAAGUCUACAGACACGAUUCAGAAUUGAGAUAAGCGAACAAAAUGGAUACUUUUGUAUGAAUCAUUUUUUCAGAUCUUAAGUUGGAAUAACGCCAACUGUCUGCAAGAGUGAGAGAUUGGGGUUCUGUCCAUUUUCAAACAGUUAACAACUCUGACACACAGUGUAAACAUUCUGAGUGAAACCACAGGGUAUUUUUCUUUUAUCUGCACUUGAAUGAAUUGGCCUUAACUGCAGCCUCUCAAAAUAUAUACUAGCUUACAAUAUUCUUCACUCUGAAUAAGCAAAGCAUGUGUAGACUCAAAUAGGACACUCAUAACCAAUAUGUCAAUGUCAAAAUACAGUAGUAGAUAAGAUAACUGGCACUCGAUGUUUGAAAUAGUCAUACAAUGGUCUACUUAGAUUAGUGAAUGUUUAGCACACUCUUGAAAUUAAGACUUGAAUAUUCAGGCUCCUAGAGAAGUUUAUAGGAGCAGUAAAAUGCAUGAUAAAAAAAUAUCAGGCUGAAUUUUCUUGUUAUACCUGUCAGAAUUAUCGCUCCCCAAAAAAUAAUGAAUUCUCAAAUAUUUAACAUUUCGAUAUUUCUUUGACGCAAGAGUGUUAGGUUUCUAUGUACAAAAUUACAACAACUAUGUAUGGUUAAUGUCUAUCAACCUUGUGCAAUUUAUUUUCAAUUGAAGGGUGCUUUUGUCUGCAUGUGGGAAGUCUGUAUACUCUGCCAUCAUAAAAAUUACCAUUUGUUUAACAAAAAGGUAUACAGUAAUAACAGGUUAUAUUACCUGUAUUUUGCAGCAAACUGAAACAUAUUAUUGAAUUAUUAUUAUUAUUAUUAUAGAAUUAUAGAAUUAUCUAUAUAGUUAGCAAAUCUCAUGCAGUCAUUUCACAGUCACCCAUAAACUACAUGGAACAUGGACAUCACAAAACUAACAGCAAUAUACUGUAUACUGUAUGUGUCAGGGUUGGGGUCAAUUCUGAUUCAUAUUUUUUUUUAAAGGAGAGUGGAAUUCCACUCUCCAUAAGUAUUUCCUCAAUUUUUAUUUAGAUAGGGAAUAAUUACAUGGGGAACACAGGCAAGGAGGAGGGAAGUCAGCAAGGUUAAGGGGAGGAUUAAAUCCACAACCGUCAGGGUUGUACACGUGUGCUUUCUGCUAGGAGUGUUACCAUUGGACCACGCAGUCCAAUUCAAUUCCCAAAUUAUAUUGGCCACACCCCACAGGAAGCAGAAUUGGAAUUGAAUAUGAAAUAAAUGAAGUGGAAUUUAAUUUAAUAAAAUUAUAUGAAAUUCAAAUGGAAAUCAGAAAUUCAGAAUCGGCCCAAACCCUGGUAUGUGUCAUUGAGAAUUGCAUUUCCAUGCAUUGACUGCUGUACUUGUCUGUCGUGACCUCUAUACCUACACACUUAGAAAUGAAUUAUCCUGAAAUCCUCCUAAAUGUCUACACAUGGCUCACUUUUAGAGAUCUAAACUGGCCAGACACACCUGCAUUACCUCAGUUCUCUCUCAGUAUAUUAGCAAGAAUUUACUGUAAAAUAUGAAUAACUAAAUAAUGUAAAGAAUGUAUGAGGAAAAAUGCAUGUGAAGAAUUUGGGCUGGUUACCCAUGGGCGGCGCACAUGAAAUGGAAUGAUGUACUGUAUGCAUAACGCAAAAAUUAUAAAAUACAUAGAAAAUACAUGUAAAUAGAAAAUACAUGCCUUUAUAAGAUUCCUCACUUGAACCAAUCUAGAACAAAACUCCUUGGUCCAGGUUUGUAUUGUGUUAAAAAAAUAUAUUUCAUGUUUCAGUUGUAGGAAAACUUUUAUCUUUCAGAAUAUUAAUAUAGUAAGCUUGUUCUCAUAUUAUCAUCGUUUUUUUUUUUUUUUACAAUCAAAUAUGAAGUCACCCUCAUACACUUCAAUGAUUCACUAUUAUCAUGAUUGAUUGGUUGGAUACUUCCCCUGUGUGUACACCAUGUUUAUACAUUGUUUUGCUGGUAUAAAAAAUUAGGGCUUUAGAUACCACAUUGCCUCCUGAUAUGUAUUUGUCUAUUACCACUACCUGUCUUUAAAGUUUAGGCACCAAAGUCAAGGGGCAGAUUGGGCUGUCACUCCCAAGGAACCAUUUCCUCUUCCCUGCACGCACGCACACACAUGAAAACACAAGUUAGAAAGCUAUGACAUAAAUUGUGAGCAUCCCCUCAUUCACAUUCAGAUAAUAAGAUAACAGAUGUUUUCCACACAUACUUUUUUUUAAAUCUUCGCUAUACAGUGCCCAUUGCCUUAUCCUGGAGUACGAUCCAGAGAAAAGGAGAACUGUGUUUGUGUGGCUAGAAUACAAUACAUGAAUGAGUCAGGCAUAUUCUGUCAUUGAGUCCCUCCCACCCACACUCUCAUUAGUCUUACCUCACCAAACCACUUGUUCUUACCCUUUUUCUCCUAGGUGGGGGUCGAUUUCUUGAGUUCACAGCUCCCCAACCUUAGCGAAACUGCCAUUUCAUAGUGCACUUGUACUUUUCAUUCAGCCUCACUUUUCCAGAUUCCCUCAGUGACAUUUAUGUCUGGUGUCAAAGGUACUGUAUGCAUUAAGCAUUCAGAAAAGCUCCUGUCAAAUAAUAUUGUAUGAGCAGAGGCACUGUUUCCAAAGUUACAUGGUGUAUUGUGUGCAAGCUUGAAUGCAUAAAAUGCAAAAACAAUCGGUUUAGCAUGUGAGACUGACAUUGAUUGCAGAUUAUAGGGUAUGAGUCAACCACUAAUACACAUUUUUGCACUGUAAAUGUUUUAAUUUUAUUGGUGUUAAUGUAAGAUUUAUUUAAGGUGUACAUAUAUACAGACAAUUAAUCAUAUAAUCUAGAUGUGUAAAACUACUGUAAAACACAAAGUAUCUAAUACAAUGAAUAAAGGUAACAAGGAAA